UUGUUCGAAACUUUAAAACAACGACGCCAUUUGUUCUUCUUUCCCCUGCUGAUUCGAAAUUAUGGGUUCCUCUGCUUCGAAAACAGUUUCUUCUUCUUCUUCUUCUUCUUCUUCUUCUUCUUCUUCUUCGUCUUUCUCGGCGUCAUAUUCACCUCCGGAAACAGUUUCUUCUUCCCGAUUCCCGUCGUCAUCUACGACGGUCCCCAGAGCUUUCUCAUUUCCGAUGCCGUCGAUUCAUCAUCCACCGGUUAAAAAAGGCGACACGCACCACCUUGUCUCCCUCACAUCCACCACUUACGGUUCUCUUCUACUCGUCGAUCUCGAUGGACAAGCAUUGCCCCAUAUCUCCGUUUCCGGGGAGAAUCAUAAGACGACGCCUGAACCGGAGGAGUCACGCGACUCGUUGUCUCCUGACUCAGUCAUUAACACAUGGGAGCUCAUGAACGAUCUCGACGACGAACUCGGUUUUGAGAAUUCCGUUACCGGUAAGCGUAAUUCCGCCGUAAAGUUGGAGUCUUUCUCUAAACCCAUCGCGAAACGAGACGAGGGUGUGAACGGGUCUCCGUUGAAACUGGACGAAUCUUACGAGAUCGUGAGAAUCGAAGAAGAUGAGGAAGACUGGAUUCCAUUGCCUUCUAAACCCAAGCAACCUCUGUGGAAACAUUUGUCUGAAGAGUCUUUUCUCUCUGAUUUAGAUCCUAAUAUCAUCUCGUCUUACAAGAAAGCAUUGUCUUCCAAACAACUUGGCAAAAACUCUAAAUCAGUCUCUUGCAGCCAGUCAAAUCAAUCGACUUUAAUCAGUUUACCAGAAUCUGUAUCCUCGAGUUCACUAAGUGCUCAGACAUUGGAAGAGCAAGAGAAACCAAGAUUGCCAGAAACAGAAGACAACAAGAACAAGAUAGUAUUGUACUUCACUAGCCUGAGAGGAAUUCGAAAGACUUAUGAGGAUUGCUGUUGCGUAAGAACGAUAUUGAGAGGGUUUCAGGUUGCGGUAGAGGAACGCGACAUCUCAAUGGACUCCAGAUACAGAAAAGAGCUUCAGAAUGCACUUGGCGAAGAGAAGCCGGUUUGUUUGCCAAAUGUGUUUAUAAGAGGCACACACAUUGGUGGUAUGGAGGAGAUCAAGAAACUCAACGAUGGAGGUGAAUUGAGAGAGAUGUUGAAAGGGUUUCCUGUUUGUGAAUCCGUAGGAGCUUGCGAAAGCUGCGGGGAUGCAAGGUUUGUGCUGUGUACUAAUUGUGGUGGUAGUACUAAAGUGUUUGAGGAACAAGAAGAUGUGUUUAAGAGAUGCAAUGGAUGCAAUGAGAAUGGAUUGGUACGUUGUAACAAGUGUUGUGUCUAGUGAUUAGAUUUGUUUCAUAGAUGUUCUUGUGAAAGGGAGGAAGAAAAAUUAGAGAUAUACUGUGUUUUAAAGAUGUGUGUUUGAUCCGUUGUGUUCCAUUGAUGUUCUUGUGAAGCG